AAACAUAUAGAUCGAACAGGUUUGGUUAGAAUCGCGACCAGCCCCAACGAGUCUGCAUAAAAGACGACGACGACGAGGGACGUGCUCAGCCAUCUACUCCCAGACAUUUAAAAUGGCUUUCUGCACCAAACUCGGCUUCUUACAAAACAGAAGUGUUUCACUGACAUCAAUGCUCGGUUCACUCCGCUACAUGUCCACAAAGCUCUUUAUUGGUGGCCUAUCACCCGGAAUUGAUGAUAAUUCCUUGAAGGAUGCUUUCUCUACCUUCAACGGAGUGACAGAGGCAAGAGUCAUGACAAACAAAGUGACUGGGAGGUCUAGAGGUUAUGGAUUUGUUAACUUCAUCAGCGAGGAUUCUGCUAAAUCUGUUAUUUCAGCUAUGGAUGGACAGGAGUUGAAUGGGUUUAACAUCCGUGUGGAUGUUGCAAAAGAAUGGCCAAUCUUGCCAUUGUCUCUGGACGAGAGUACAGAAGAUGUGAAGAAAGGCAAUAAGGUGGUGAGCCGAUCUGUGUGGAAAGAUCCUUUCGUCGACGCGUUCUUGAUGAACAAGAAAAACGCAGCUCUGAACAGGAAGAUAUGGUCGAGGAGAUCGACCAUUCUGCCAGAGUAUGUUGAUUCGUCGGUGAGAAUCUAUAAUGGCAAGACUCAUGUGCGUUGUAAGAUCACAGAGGGGAAAGUUGGGCAUAAGUUUGGAGAGUUUGCGUUUACAAGAAAAGUGACCAAGCAUCCUAGAGCAAAGUAAGUUUAGUGUAAGUUAUUGAGAAUGAUCUUUAGGAUGCUCAUUUUUCGAAACAUAAGAAACUUUUGUAAGCCACUGAUCAUUGAAACUAUUUUCUGUUGUAAGCCACGUAGGUAGUUUUUUCGAGAUGUGGACAACUUUCAAUCCACCACAAUAUAGUUAUUUGA